UCCGUAAAAAAUGCGCGUAAUUUAUUGGAUCAGGAAUAUGUCAAUUCCUUAAACAGGAAAAAAAAAAAUCCUUCAGCAGGAACUGCGAUCAACGCACAUGUGUUCUGUAUACCGCGAACGUGACUGAGCCAAGAGCCAAGAUGCUUAGUGACGGUGAAGCUGAAGAACUGCUGUCAUUUCUCACUCUGGAGAUGAGAGCUGAUGUCAAAGGUCGGGCCUCGGAAUACGUCCUGGGCCUCACGGGAAACCGGGACGGAUGCCGUUACCUGCAGUCCAAACCAGACUUCCUCAAAGCGCUGGUGACUCUAACCUGCGACCCCUCCAUCGCCAUCGUCAAGGACUGUUUCCACGCCCUGAUCAACCUCUCAGCGGACGAGACUCUUCACCAGCCUUUGAUCAAAGACACGGACUUACUGGCCAAACUGCUUCCCAAACUACUGGACCCGGAGUACGUGUUUGCGGAUCGGAUCUGCACCAUCCUCAGUAACCUGAGCCGGCACGAGCGGACGUGCAAAGAGGUGUUCAGAGCUCUGCAGGAGCAGAACAUCGGGCUGGACAGAGUGGUGGAAAUCUUCUGCACGGAGGGUUUCAAUAAGAAAGCUUCUCUACACUAUCUGGGACCCCUGCUGUCCAACCUCACACAGCUGCCCGAGGCACGACACUUCAUUCUGGACAAGGACAGGUGUGUGAUUCAGAGGCUCCUGCCAUACACACAGUAUGAGCAAUCGACCACCAGGAGAGGAGGGGUGGUGGGAACGCUCAGAAACUGCUGCUUUGACUACGCCCAUCAUGAGUGGUUGCUUAGUGAUGCGGUGGAUAUUUUACCUUUUCUUUUAUUACCAUUGGCUGGACCAGAGGAGCUCUCCGAGGAAGAGAAUGAAGGUUUGCCGGUGGAUUUGCAGUACCUGCCGGAGGAUAAAAAGAGAGAAGAAGAUCCUGAUAUCCGCAAAAUGCUCUUGGAAACCCUCAUUCUCCUUACAGCUACUAAAGUGGGCCGACAGAUAAUGAAGAACAAGAACGUUUAUCCCAUCAUGAGGGAGUUUCACAAUUGGGAGAAAGAUCCGCAUGUGAUUUCAGCCUGUGAGAAACUCGUCCAGGUUUUGAUUGGAGACGAGCCGGAGGAGGGAAUGGAGAAUCUGAUGGAGGUGGAGAUUCCCAAAGACGUGGAGGAAAAACUGAAAGAACUGGACGCCAAAGAGCAGGAACAAAUGGAAAAGGACAAACAGGAAUCUGAGAAGAAACCAAAUGAAUCUCCAGAGGGCCUGGAGAGAUAAAUGGACAUCAAACACAAACUAAAGUUUACUUCUUAUAACAUCAUUGAAUAAAUGGCUCUGCAUAACAACGAACACCUGAGGAUCAUGAUGGACAGAAAAUGUUGUAAUGUCUUUCGUUUGAUUAUAAAUGCAUAAACCUGGUUUUGGGAUAACAGUUGGUUUCUAUCCAUUCAAAGCAGGUUUAUGUUGUUGACUAGCAGGUGGAGACCUGGUAACCCAUCUUCGUGAAGAUACUAGGUGGAAUGACCAGGUCACACCAUCUUAACAUCUACAAUGUGGUUUGCUGCUUGUCCACACUGGUCUAAUCUGGGUGUUCAACCACCUAAAUAAGCAUCAGCGGGUUGCCAUUUUUUGUUACAAAAGAUACUAGAUUUUCUAGCAAAAGGAGAGUAAUGGACCCUUUUCACGGACUGUGAUGAGGCGUUUUCACAGUCACAGUCUAUAAAUCCGCAAAUCCUAGUAAUGUUUUUAAUUUUCAUCAUUUUCAUGUUUCUAAUACAAUGGCUAAUGGGGUGUUGGAGAUAUUUUUUCCCUCUCAUAGAAAGUCUUGAAAAUGCUAUCAUGUGUUUUUUUCUUUUGCUAUUGGAGCAAAUGAGAUUACAAAAAUUAUAGCUGUCUAUGACUUCUGAGAACCGUGGAAAUGUGAAAAAGGUGCAUUUGCUUAACUAAAUAUCAUUUGUAAUUAAAUGUUUAAAUGAAAAA